UUUUUUUCUCUCUUGCUUUUUGUUUUCAUAUAUCCUUAUCUUCUUUAUGCUAUAUAAUGUUUGUAUGGUAUCCGAUUUCUUCUAUCCUAACAUGGGAGGGGUAGAAAGUCAUCUCUUUUUACUCUCACAACAAUUAAUUCAACGUGGACAUAAAGUUAUUAUUAUUACUCAUGAUUAUGGUAAUCGAAAAGGUGUACGAUAUUUGACCAAUGGCUUAAAAGUGUACUAUAUUCCUACCUUGGAAGUCUAUUCUCGAGCAACUUUACCCACUAUUUAUGGUAUCUUCCCCUUAUUUCGCAACAUUUUAAUCCGUGAAUCUAUUCAAAUUGUCCAUGGCCAUGGUGCAUUUUCUGCCUUAUGUCUUGAAGCCAUUCUUCAUAGCAAGACCAUGGGAUUGAAAGCUUGUUUUACUGAUCAUUCUUUGUUUGGUUUUGCCGAUGCCAGUUCCAUAUUAACAAACAAAUUAUUGAAAUUUACUCUUAGUGAUGUCGAUCAUGUUAUUUGUGUUUCUCAUACAAGUAAAGAAAAUACCGUGCUUCGUGCUGCAUUAUCCCCAAGAAAUGUUUCUGUUAUACCCAAUGCCGUGGUAGCUUCUCAAUUCUUACCUGAUCCUUCUGCUGCUGAUCCCAAAUGGAUUACAAUUGUAGUUAUUAGUCGUCUUGUCUAUCGAAAAGGGGUAGAUUUACUAGUAGCUGUCAUCCCAAGAAUAUGUGCAAUGCAUAAAAGUGUUCGAUUUAUUAUAGGUGGUGAUGGACCGAAACGUAUUGAUUUAGAACAGAUGCGUGAAAAACAUUUAUUACAAGAUCGUGUAGAAUUACUAGGACCAGUGAAACAUCAUCAAGUACGAAAUAUUUUGAUUCAAGGCAAUAUCUUUUUAAAUACAAGUUUAACAGAAGCUUUUUGUAUUGCUAUUGUGGAAGCUGCAUGUGCUGGUUUACUUGUUGUUAGUACAAAAGUAGGUGGAGUUCCCGAAGUUUUACCUAAUCAUAUGAUCAAUUAUGCUACACCUGAAGAAGAUGGUAAGUAUAAACAGAGAGAAAAAAGAGAUAUCAUUGGGAUUGAUGAUGAUUUUAUAGAUUUGAUUAUUGCCAUUUCCAAAGCAUUACAUAUGAUUCGAUUCAAAAAGGUGGAUCCAAGCAAAUUCAAUGAUGAACUCAAAGAUAUGUAUAGUUGGAGCAAUGUAGCCGAACGAACGGAAAAGGUAUAGCAUAAAGUUUCCAAUGAUGCCUUUUUGGGUGUAUGACUUGAAACAUCCUUUUAUAGCAAAAAAAAAAAAAUAGACUCACGCACCUUUUUUUUUUUUUUUUUGUUUUCUUUAUUAUU